GAAGGGAACUUGAGGGUAGAGACGGAAAGGUACAGGAGCGAGGAGGAGGAGGCUUGGGUAAUAAUACAUGAGGUGCAAAGGAAGGUUAAACGUGUCACCAUUAGAAGAUGGAUAACUACUUUCAAGCAGCAGUGGUCGACUUGGAUAAGCUGCUGGAUGACUUUGAGCAAAGCACAGAUGAGCUGGAAGCGUAUCAAUCUUCUGAUGCGUCUCUGAACCCAAACCAACGUGUCUGCUACACCUCAGGCGACUUUUACCUGCAACCAGAUUUCCCUGCACCUAUGAAACUAUCCGAUGACGGUAGCAACACCCAACAAAGCUGUUCACUUGUUAGUUCUACUGGCAAUGAGGUUGACUCAACAGCCCAAAAUCCUGAAAAAAAUGUGACUGGAUUAGAUCUGCUAUCAUGCUUGGACGGAGGGAAGUCUCCUGAAGAUAUUUCUAGUGAGGGAAGGAGUAGUGUUCCUAUUUGUGAUCUUAUCAGUGAUACAGGCAGCCUUAUUCAUGCCGCAAGCAGCCAUGAGUCCUUGAUUGCUGAUUCUACGCAACCUAAAGGAAACGUUGUCUCUGACCUUGAGCUACUUUCCGACAUCAGUUUUCCGCCCGUGCCAUCUGUAGAUCCCUGUAACUCUUCAGAAUCAGAUCAAUUAAAAUAUAAAGGUGUUUCCCUUGUAGAUUCGGAUUUCAUUCCUGCGAGUGAGAUUAAACCGAUACCUGUUAAUCCAGCUAAAGGUAUAGAUAUCCAUGUUGAUUCAUGCCUGAAUGAAGACCUUGAUGAUAAGGAAAGUUUGGAUAAUUCAUCGAGCACAGAUACCCUAAGCAGUUCAAAUACCUCAAGUACUGAUGGAUAUGUAAGUGAUGAUCUUCCAUACGACACCUUAAAUGAAGAUCCUUCGUGUCCUGUGUCACGUGAAGAUGAAAAGGAGGUUGAGAGCAAGCCUUCUUCUGAACAUGAAGAAAUACCAGAUACAUCAAGUACUGAACUAACUUGUUUAGCUGCAACGCAUGCUGCAGAUGUGGAAAUAAACGCUGCAAUCGGCCAUAUGCAAGAGUCUUCCCUGGAUACAGAGCCGUCGUCACUGGGAAAUGAGGUUACCUCUGAAAGCCCAGAUGGUGCUUCUCCCUCCUGCACACUUACAGACAAUAAACAAACACAACCUUCUGUACCAAAGGACAAUUCUCUGUGCAAUACUAUAGUUCUUUCAGAAAUUAAAGAUUCUAAUAAAUAUGUAGAGGAGAUUAGAGGAGCUGAACUAGAAAAACAUAGCAUAAAGGUAGGGGGUCUGGAAAAUCUGCCAGUGACUGAACCCAUGAAUGGCAUGGGGAGGAAAGAAGAAAAUGUACAAGUUGCACAUUUUACAUCUCCCAAUGAGGAUGCUUCAGAAAAACAAAAUAUAGGUUUAGCAGAAAAUGAAUCUUCGCAUAAACUCACACCCACAUUGCCUGUUGUGGUUGAGGCAACUGGCUUUGUACCUAAAUGUGGUUUUAGCAGUGACUUGGAAGAAACUAUUUCACAUGAUGUAAUAAGUCAGAAUUUGCUGUCUGGCUAUGAUGACCUGUUAGGUCAUUCAUAUAUCAGCGAUGCAGAGCUUGAUGCUUUUCUUAGCGAAGAGGCAGAUAAUUUAGGCGAGGAAAGUACCUUGGAAACUAAUAUUCCAAAUUAUGAAGUUGUCUGUAAGGAUGCUGCAGUUAGAACUUGGACUGAUGUUAGCAUGGAUGGACAUUCCACAGGGGGGUUAGAUAAAAUAGUAGGCAGUACUGCGGUUAGUUCUGUGGACUAUCUAUGUGACAUAGAACAUAGUGAUUUGGCCGCUCCGUCAGAGAAUAACACCAUUUCAGAGCCACCUCCACAAAAGACUGGAACAGAAGGCCACAUUCCAAAUACUAAUAUGGUGGCACAUGUUGGAGGUGCCAGACCCAAGCAGCUAUUUCAUCAACCUCCCAACAAGUUGGUUAACAAGGGCUUGAAGGAGGACAUGGAAGAGGAGACAAGCCCAGGUCCGUGCCUCAGUAACUCCCCCUCUCCUGCAGAUGCAGAGGACACUACUUGCACCAACUCAGGGGUUUUGAGAAAACCAUCUAACUUGGCAUCAAAUGACAUCUCAGACGAGAACAAUGUAGGAAAAAUGGGCAGAUUGGAAAAUGAGACAACUUCCCAGUCUGUACUGGGACAAAAGGAGCCAACUUGGGUUCCGGAUUCGGAAGCUCCUAACUGCAUGUAUUGCAAGGUGAAAUUCACCUUUACAAAGAGACGGCAUCACUGUAGAGCUUGUGGAAAAGUUUUCUGUUCCGUGUGUUGCAGUGAAAAGUGUAAAUUGCAGUACAUGGAGAAAGAGGCACGAGUUUGUGUUGUGUGCUAUUACUUUAUAACUAAAGUACAGGCUUUUGAAAGGAUGAUGAGUCCAACUGGUGCUAGCCCAAAUCCCAAUGCCCCCUCUGAAUACUGUUCUGCCAUCCCUCCUUUGAUGCAGGCCCAGGCAGCAGGUAUAAUUAAUUCUCAUCCACCUACUGUUUUGGUGCCUGGCUCAGUUCUUAAGCAACCAGGAGCUGAAGGACUGGGGCAGAAAGAACAGAAGAGAGUUUGGUUUGCGGAUGGGCUGCUGCCUAACGGUGAGGUUGCUGACACUAGGAAGCUGGCAGGGAUGGGGAAGAGAAGCUCCCAGGACUCCAGCCCGGUUACCCCUACAUCACCAGAGCCUGCCAUGGCUGCUGCACCGUCUCUUGACAAAGUAAAGGGUCCGGAUCCACCAGCAGGUGAUGACGCUUCUCCCAAUUUGCCAAAAAGGGAAGCCGUAUCCAGUGCCUUUACAGUGAGCUCCUCGUCGGAUUACACAAUGCUCUGCGGGAUCGAGAAGUGUGUGAGCCGAGAGUCCACUCUCUUACCGGACGAUGACGUUAGUUUGCCGCCUCUUCUGCUGGCCACUGGUGAAGGAGGAGAUGCACUAGUAAAUGAAAAUCCCACUAACAAAGAGGUCAUGUUCCUUCUGGAAGACGAUGGGCCUAACCCUUUGACGUUCAUCCUAAAUGCAAACCUGCUUGUGAAUGUUAAGAUUACAUCUUAUGCGACUGAAAGGUGCUGGUUCUUUGCAUCAAAUGGAUUGCAUGGCCUCGGCCAGCCAGAAAUUAUCAUUCUCUUGACCUGUUUACCAAACGAAGAUACUUUGCCAAAGGAUUUGUUUAAACUUUUUCUGAACAUAUACAAGGAUGCACAGAAAGGAAAAUAUAUUGGCAAUUUGGAAAAUGUGACUUUUACUGAAAGUUUUCUGGGUAGCAAAGAUCAUGGAGGGUUCCUGUUUUUUGCACCUACGUUUCAGGAUCUUAGCGGACUCCCUUUACCUAAUAACCCUUUCUUGUGCGGGGUUAUCAUCCAGAAAAUGGAGGUUCCGUGGGCAAAGGUUUUUCCCAUCCGUCUGAUGUUAAGAUUGGGAGCAGAAUACACUACGUAUCCUACACCUGUGACAUGUCGACGAAAUCGGAAAGCUGUGUUUGGAGAAAUAGGACAUACAAUAAUUAACUUACUUACUGACCUCAGAAAUUACCAGUAUACAAUACCGCAUGUUGAUGGACUGGUGAUUCAUAUGAAAAUGGGCACCACAUGCAUAAAGAUCCCUUCAAGCAGACAUAAUGAGAUCCUGAAAGUCAUCCAUUCUUGCAACGAGCAUGUUAUAAGUAUUGGAGCUAGUUUUAGUCUUGAGGCAGAUUCCCAUUUAGUUUGUGUGCAGAAUAGUGAUGGAGUCUACCAGACGCAAGCAAACAGCGCUGCCGGCCAAAGCAGGCAAGUUACAGGAGCAAGCUUUGUUGUUUUCAAUGGAGCCCUGAAGACUUCAUCCGGUUUUCUUGCCAAGUCUAGUAUAGUAGAAGAUGGACUUAUGGUGCAGAUAACGCAGGAAACGAUGGAAUCCCUGCGUCAAGCUCUUCGAGACAAGAAGGAUUUCCGAAUAGCGUGUGGGAAAAUCGAUUCGGGAGACUUGGCAGAAGAGGUGAUCGUUAGCUGGGUGGAGAGUGAAGACAAACCAAAUAAAGGGAUCACAAGCCCAAUCGAUGGGCAGCCAAUGGAAGGUGUCGUUAGUGAAAGACUUUGCCAAGAAACUGACUUUGAAGCCCAUGACAAAAUUGUGAAAUGCACAGAGGUGUUUUAUCUGCUAAGGGAUCGUGAGCCUAGCAGCGCAGUGGCGCUUUCACAGUUUGCUAAGGAAAUUGCUACAGCAUGUGGGGCAGCUCUUUGCCCACAUAUUAUGACCCUGAAGAACAGCGGAAUGAAUAAGAUUGGCCUGAGAGUUACCAUGGAUAUUGACAUGGUCGAGUAUCGCGCAGGGUCUGGAGGUCAGCUUCUCCCUCAGCAGUACUUGAAUGACCUAGACAGUGCGUUAAUCCCAGUGAUCCACAACCGAACAUCAGAUACCAGCAUUUUGCCUCUUGUUAUGGAGCUGGUAUUUUUCCUGAUUGAAAGCCUAAAUCCCUGAUUUCUAGCUUUAAUGUCAACAAAUGGUUAAUAUGGUAGUGCUUACUCACUGUAAAUGUAUAUGAAAAUGAAGUAAUAACAUGGAAAGUGAGACUUUGUGUCAGAAGCAAAAUUUUGCUUUAUAGAACAUAUAUAUUUAAAUAUCAUUAAUUUAAGAUUUAAAACACUAUUUAUUCAAGAUUUAUUUCAUGUACCCACCAUGAGACUGACUCCCGUUUGGCUGCGAAGGAAGAGAAAAGAAGUCAUAUCCUGACAGAAUGUCUCAACACUAAACAUUUUCUGCGGCCUGUAUACAUAGCAUUAUUUCAUUUUACGUGAUUUUCAUUUGAUUUAGUGGUUUAAACGAACAUUCUGCUUAGUAAGCUGAACCUGCUUUAAUAACAAAAUUCACGUGUUCUCCUGGCAAGUGCUUUUAGUGCAGAACAAACCAGAGUGUAUGUAACAAAAGGAGACUUUCUAUACAUUUAUGGUAUACUUGCACAUAAAGUUUUCAUAAAAUAUGCAGUGCAAACAUAUUAUACAUGUGCUAUUAAUGUAAAAUCUGGUGUACAUAUUACAUAUGUGGCAUGACAUUGCGUAAUGCCACAGAAAAAAAGGUUUGUGAGCCAAAGGGUUCCUUUUAAUAAAUGUAUUAUUAUGCAAAAUACAUCUAUUUGAAUACAACAGUGUAUGGGGUCGAGGUAAAUAUUACUUUAUAUUUAUAACAGUACAAGCAAUAAUUUAGAAAAGGCGUUUAUUUUUGUAAUAGAAUAAGCCUCCUGUCUUGUGCUUCAUCAUUCGGUUGUUAUAUGAAAAUGUAAUAAAAUAAAAAAGAAAAA